UUUCUUAAUUCUUCGAGAUUUUUUUUAUUUUUCUUUCGAAUUUUUAAAUUUUUUUUUUUCAAUUUACAGAAAAUUUUAUCAAUCUAUUCUGACUUAAUUCUUAUUGCUACAAUGUAUACACCAAGAUUUCCCAAAUCUGUCAAAGAAAAUAUUAAACCGCGUGGAGUUUUGGUUCGUGAAAUUAAUUCUUUAAAUAAUGAUUGGAGAGAAGCAUCUUCUUCUAAUGAAAGUCAAAUUACUUCAAUUUUAAAAUUUCGUGACCAAGUGAAGCAAAUUUCUAAAGAAGAAUUGAAGAAACAACUUGAUGAUCGUUUUUAUCGUUUGACCAAAGCCGAUAUCGUAUUUGAAGAUGACAAAAUGGAGAUGUGA